ACUUUGUAUGGGUGUGUGUGAGAGAGAGAGAUCUGUUUGAUGUAAAUGUGAAGCAAUGAGAUCAUGUCUAAAGAGAGGAGGGGCGACUAUAAAGGACCACAUGAAGCAUCGACAGUCAUCAGUAGGAAGGCAGGUGAAGCGGCAGCAUCUUUCUGGGAGUCCAGAUAUUUCUAAACUAGAGGUGCAGGAAGUUAGGAGUCGUCUUUCUGAAGCGGGCACCGUCUGGACUGCAUCUAAAUCUCAGAAUAUUUCAGUCGAGGCCUGGCGUUUGAAGCUUCGUUGUCAGAAUGUGUUCGGGUGGCUUCGCUAAAUGUCUGGGCAUCAGCCUGAUGCCUCUGGCCAUCGUGUGUGUCCUCUGCAACAUCCUGCUCUUCUUCCCCGGCGGGAAGGUUGUGGAUAAGGAGAACAUCACAGACGAGGUUUGGUACUUUGGAGGCAUCCUGGGAUCCGGUGUGCUGAUGAUCUUCCCAGCUCUCGUCUUCCUGGGUUUGAAGAACAAUGACUGCUGCGGUUGCUGUGGAAACGAAAGCUGUGGGCGGAGAUUUGCGAUGCUGAGCUCCAUACUGUUUGCAGCCGUUGGUGCACUUGGUGCAGGUUACUCCGUUGUAGUUUCAUGUGUUGCCAUCAACAAGGGACCGCGUUGUUCUUUGGUUGACCCUGCGGAUGUCAACCAAACACAAUGGGAAUACCCUUUCAACAAUGGAGACUACCUGCAGAAUCACACUCUCUGGAGUGAGUGCAAACAGCCAACAAAUGUGGUGUCCUGGCACCUGGGCCUGUUCUCCGUGCUGCUGGCGAUGGGUUUAAUCCAGAUCGUGCUGUGCGCCGUGCAGGUGAUAAACGGCCUGCUGGGGGCGCUGUGUGGAGACUGCUGCGGCUGCUGCGGAGGGGGCGAUGGAGCCGUAUAACCGCCUCCUGUGGAUGAAGACAGAUGGCUGUCCCAUAUUUAUUCUCCUUCCUGAGGAUGACUUUUACGCAUUAAUCUAACUGCUGAAGAGGAGCUUAUUGAUUACAGUGUCAUCUGAAAACACUGCAAAAAUGACAGAGCUCAUUUUAAGUUCUUAGUUUACUUUCUUCUUGCAGACUCCUGUGACUACGUGUUAUUAUUACUAUUAUUGAUCAUAUGAAGGUUAAUCUGCUGUAUAUUGUUAUUAUUUUCUGAUUUUCUAUCUGCUAUAUGUAUUUAUUUCAUUUAAUGGCUUUGUUGCUCCUUGCCAUUAUUGCUUUAUGAAGUAACAUGACUGCCUCCUUGUGGGCUUCAUCCGCCAAAGAUUUUAUUAUACUUUACAUUGUAAUUAUUACAGUUUUCUCAGUCACUUUGGUGCAUUUCUCUCUUUGCAAAACAUAGAGCAUUCUCAGAACAAUUCGUAAAAACAGUAAAACACCAUGGAUUAACUGCAAAAGUCAGUUUGUUUCUCAGAAUCCUGAGUUUAUAUCUCAAAAUUAAAUAUCUGUAUCAAUAAACAUGUUUGGACAAAAUUCA